GGGCCCCCGGUGCCCCUUUCCCUCCCUACGAUUGGUCGACUGCCUGCUGGCUCUCCGUUAGCCUGUAAUAACCGAUACCGCAUUGGUUCGUGCGGGCCGGGAUCAGGCCCCCGGCUGUCAGCAAACGGACACAGAAAAGGUCGGACUUCAGCUGAUCGUACACCAACCGCGACACAGCAGAGAUGAGUGGCGUCGUCGUGAUGAACAUGUCCUUCAAGGCAGGACAGACACUGAAGGUCUCAGGUGUUGCUAAGCCCGAGGCCGCAGACUUUGCCAUCAAUAUCGGCCGUGGAGAGGAUAACCUCGCUUUACACUUGAACCCACGUUUCGACGCCCACGGGGACCAGCACACCGUCGUGUGUAACUCCUAUGAAGGGGGCAGCUGGUGCGAGGAGCAGCGGGUGGACAUCUUCCCUUUCCAGCAGGGGGGGCACUUUGAGAUUCUGGUCACCUUUAACAACCAAGAAUUCCAGGUCAGCCUCCCUGACGGCUGUGCAAUCAAGUUCCCCAAUCGCCUAGGCGACGAAAAGUACAACUACUUCAACUUCAUCGGCGACAUCAAGAUCCAGACCCUUGAGAUCAAGUAGCGCGGACUGCCCCGGCCGCAGACAGGCCUGUGGUCCUCCGCCUCGCCGGCUGCCUGCUGCUCACCCUAAACUGCAGCACCCGCAUACACCUCCCAUUAGAAACACACCUGCUGAGUGUGAUUCGCUGUCGCAUAGCCAACCAGGCCAUACCGAAUGAGUGAAGCAUCAUGGGAAGGAUAAAGGAUGUUAGGCCAGAGUUGAGCUUCAUAUGAUUUGUGAGAAGGUCUUCCCAUCAAAAGGUGUUACUCAUCCUUAAAAUGGGAUGUUUCUGCUCGUGGGAACCAUUCCAGGUCUGUUUGUCUACCCACUCAAUAAAACUGCUAAUUGCUGGCUUUUGGCUCUGAA